AUGACGCCUGCGCUCAAGCUUCAUCCUCUGCGCACCGCCGUCGGCCGCGAGGUCGCCAACGCUUCGAUCUCGGAAAUCCUCGCCUCGCCGGCGCUGCAGCAGCAGUGUCGCGAAGCGCUCAACGAGCAUGGCCUGCUCCUGUUCGCAAAGCAACAGCUCACGCCCGCGCAGGAGGCCGAGUUCGCCAAGCUCUUUCCGUGGGACGACUCAGUGCCCAUGCUGUCCGAGUGCGCCGGCCCGUUUGAUACGGCGCAGAGCACCGGCGUCACGGGCAUCCCUGCAGGCGGCAGCAUGCCUGUUGACAGGUGGAAGCUGCCGGCGCUGCCGAUGGUGCAGUGCCAGGGAGCGGGCCCGGUGCGCGACCACCACGGCGUGCCCGACGGCACGCUGUGCGCCUCGCAGUCCUUUGCUGAGUGGCACACCGACGGCGUGCACGACACGCCGCGCUCCACGCAGCCUCCCGUCGUCACGGCCAUGUACUGCCUGGCGACGCCGAAGCAGGGCGGAGAGACGCUGUUCGCCUCGGCGCGCGUCGGCCUCGAACUCCUGCCCGAGGCGCUCUGGAGGGCCUCCUCUCUGGAAAGCACCGAGGAGGAGCCCGACACCUUCCCCUCAAGCCGUCCUGCUGCUUGCGUAGGCCUCACCGCAGUCUUCGACGGCCGCUUCCGCGAGAUGGUCCCCGGCGGCACGCGCGCGACGCCUCACGAGUGCACGCCGCCGGAGGAGGCCUUCCCCGAGACCAACCGUUUCCCGGUGGUGGCGAAAGACAUGCGCGGGAGAGAGACGCUGUACGCCGUGGCGCCCGCCUUCACGCGCUGCCUGCUCGAGGAGGACGGCACGCCCCUCGGCACUGAGGAGGGACAGGUAGCGCUACUCGACGAGAUGCUCGGCUGA